AAAGUCCGAUUUUUUAACUGACACUGACAGUGACAGUAUAACCUAAAUACGAUUGUCAAAUAAAAAACCGAUACAAAUAAAUAAAUUACAAUAAAAAUACAAAUUUUAAAAUGUCUAUUGAUACAGAUGAUGAAUUUUCUGACUUCAAAGUAUGUGUUUAAUUUUUUAGAUGGGCUAACGUUCUAGAAAUUUCAUAAAAAUCAAGUCCAAUAUGUUGCAGAUACCACCUAUCUUUGAUGAUUUACAUGAACGUGUAAAAGAAUACCUUUUGAAACCGGAACGACUCUCUAUACAUAAGUGGGAAAGAUCUCAAAGUCACUGGCAUCGUGAAUCAGAUGUAGAUUCGCUAUUCAAAAUCGAUGACAAUGAUUUUGGCCUGGACACAACACUUGAGGUUGUGCGAGAUCCUAUAACAGGAGAAAUAGUAGGUUUAGAAGAAAUAAGUAUACCCACUGAAGACGACGAUGAUAGUUUAUCAAUGUCCAGAGCACCAUUGCCUCCUAGUCUUGCAACACGUGGAACAACUACAAGCAGUCCAUUCCUGCCAGCGGGCUUUGAAGAAGAACUUGAUAGAAUACUUAAUAAUAAAGCAAACUUUAGUGAAAUCAAUAUUGAUUUGGAUAAUAAUGAGCCUGGAAAAUUUCUGGGAGAAGAUCUCCUAGUGAUACCUCCUGGAUGUAAGGAAGGUGUAAUCUUUGCUGAUGAUGGAUUAACAAUACUCAACAAUGAAACUAAAGAUGAGACUGCUAAAGAUGAAAGUGAUAACAAAAUACAAAUUCAGAUAGAUAAAGUUAAUUUAGAAGAAGUAGUAGAUAACAGUGCACAUUUAGCUGGUUUAUGGAAUGAUGAUGAUGAACCACAACUGAAGCCAACCAAAGCACAGAAGGUAGUUGAACCAUCAACUGGUAGCCUGGAUGAUGACAAUUUUCUUGAAAAUACUGUGAUACAUCCACCAGUAGAGUUGCCAGAUAUACCUAUUUUGAAUAUCACAUCAUCAACAGUAAGAACUGGGGUUACAUCAACGGAAUGGGCAGAAAUGAUUGAUGUCUCUUUACCUGUCCCAGAAUUCAGAGAAAAAAUUCAAGAUAUGGCACACACAUACCCAUUUGAACUUGAUAAUUUCCAAAAACAGGCUAUAUUGAAAUUAGAAGAAGGUCACCACGUGUUUGUCGCCGCCCACACAUCCGCUGGUAAAACCGUUGUUGCUGAAUAUGCAAUUGCUAUGUCAAGAAGAAAUUGUACCAGAGCAAUAUAUACGUCACCAAUCAAGGCACUAUCAAAUCAGAAAUACAACGACUUCAAUAAGCAAUUUGGGGAGGUUGGUCUACUAACUGGGGAUCUUCAGAUAAAUGCUACAGCACCCUGCCUAGUGAUGACUACGGAAAUUCUGCGAUCAAUGCUUUACUGUGGCUCAGAUGUUACUAGAGACUUAGAAUUUGUAAUAUUUGAUGAAGUUCAUUAUAUAAAUAAUGCAGAGCGUGGUUACGUUUGGGAAGAAGUGUUAAUAUUGCUACCAUCUCAUGUGAGCAUAGUCAUGUUAAGUGCGACUGUACCGAAUACACUUCAAUUUGCCGACUGGGUCGGUCGGACAAAGAAGCGCAAAGUGUACGUAGUUUCAACGCCAAAAAGACCUGUGCCCCUUUGUCAUUAUCUCUACACAGGGUCUGGUGGAAAAUCUAAACAUGAGAGGUUCCUAGUCAUUGACCAAGAAGGAAACUUUCAACUCAGGGGUUACAACGAAGCAGUCGCGGCUAAGAAAGCUAGAGAAAAUGAGUACAAGAAGAAUUUUGGACCUAAAGCUGGUGGAAAACAAUUUCAGAAUCCCAAAGCGGAGCAAACUAUGUGGGUUGCUUUUAUAGACCACUUAAAACAGAAGGAUAAGUUGCCAGUUGUAGCUUUUACAUUAUCUCGAAAUAGGUGUGACCAAAAUGCAGAAAACUUAAUGUCAGUUGAUUUAACAACAGCCAAAGAAAAAGGUCACAUACGAUCCUUCUUCCAAAGGUGCCUUCAGAGGUUAAAGGAACCAGAUAGACAUUUACCCCAAGUUAUAAGGCUUCAAAGGGUAUUGGAAAAUGGUAUAGGUGUUCAUCAUAGUGGUAUACUACCGUUACUCAAAGAAAUUGUAGAAAUGCUGUUUCAGACCGGUUAUGUGAAGAUAUUGUUUGCGACUGAGACUUUCGCGAUGGGUGUGAAUAUGCCUGCACGUACAGUAGUGUUCGAUGAAGUAACAAAGUUUGAUGGACAACAGAGGCGAACGUUAGCUCCCGCCGAAUACAUACAAAUGGCUGGCAGAGCUGGCAGGAGAGGGCUGGAUGACACAGGAACAGUGAUAAUUUUAUGUAAAGAUGAAGUUCCGAACUUGGUCACUUUGAAAGGCAUGAUGAUGGGCAUCCCACAGAAGCUCUCGUCGCAAUUCAGACUCACCUACGCUAUGAUAUUAAGUUUAUUACGAGCUGCAACUGUAUCAGUUGAAGGGAUGAUGCAACGUUCGUUCCGCGAAUUGAAUCAAAUCGUUCAGGAGGACAAUAAUAGGAAGCAGUUGGAAUUAGCCGAGAAAGAAUAUUCAGAGAAAUGUAGUAGUCCUUUACCAUCUCAUUUGGCGCCUUUAGCUGUAUUUUACGACACUGCAGCAUCUUACAUCGACGUACUGAAUGAGAUUAUGCCUAUAUUACUGAAUCAAUCUAAGGUCGCGAAGGAAAUGGUACCAGGAAAAGUGUUAGUGGUUUCAGCAGGGCCGUAUAUCAAUCAGCUAGGAAUUUAUUUGAGUGGAAAUGGUCCUCGUCAAACUCCAUACAAGGUUUUGGUAUUGAAUACUGUUGAGCAAGACAUGAACAGAUACAACUUUGAAGUUGACGAGAAUUGGUACAGAAUGCUCAGCUUUUCAACAAUGUAUGAUGGUGUAGGAACUGAAGAAAGCACAUUAGAUCACACAAUACUAUGCAUAGCGCCCAAAAAUAUUGUAGCGGUUACCAAAACAAAUCACAAAAUCGAUGCUAACAUUAUAAUACAAGACUGGGAGAAACGACAGAUGCCAAGGUUUAAAGACGCCCCCGUAGGCUCUAGUUGUAUGAUCGCUGUACAAGAGCUGUCUCGUUUGUCACACGCUGUACGCACCGGGGCCACUAGUUUAGAACACGUGAGCCUGACUCAGUCGCUCGCCAUCUCCACCGGCGAGAUACUGCAGGCGCUGGAUAAGAUGAAUUAUUAUUUGAAAGAAUUAGAAGCCCAGAAGAAAUACACUGACAUCGCUAACUUCAAGUCUGAAUUCGCAAUAGUGUAUGAAAGGAAACAGACAGAGAGGAAACGGGACAAGUAUAAACGACUCCUGUCUUUCGAGAAUUUGGCAUUGUACCCGGACUAUCAGAGGAGAUUGCUAGUACUGAGAGAACUUAACUAUAUCGAUGAACAUGACAGUGUUAUAUUGAAAGGUCGCGUAGCAUGUGGCAUGGGAACGAACGAGCUAAUAAUAUCGGAACUAGUGUUUCGUAACGUCUUCACGGACAAGAGUCCCGCUGAAAUUGCAGCUCUACUCAGUUGCUUCGUGUUCCAAGCACGCACGCAAGUGGAGCCCCAACUAACUGACAAGCUGACCGAGGGAGUGAAGGCAAUCGUGCAAAUCGACGACGAACUAACUAAAAUCGAGGCUAAAUACAUGGUAAAUCAAUUUGAAGGGCAACCGGAAAGAUUAAAUUUCGGUCUCGUGAGGGUAGUAUACGAAUGGGCUCUUGAGAAGCCUUUUGCAGAGAUCAUGGACCUUACCGAUGUCCAGGAAGGAAUUAUCGUAAGGUGUAUACAACAGUUGCAUGAGCUUCUAAUCGACGUGAAAGAUGCAGCAGUAGCAGUCGGUGAUCCGAAGUUACAAGCAAAGAUGAUGGAAGCAUCCACAGCUAUAAAAAGAGACAUUGUGUUCGCAGCUAGUUUAUACACUACACAGAAAGAAUCUAUCACUGUUUGAUAUUAUUAUUUACGUAAAUUUUAUCAAAUAAUAUCUUUUAAAACAGUUUUAAGUCAUAUUAGUGUUAUUUGUUAACUUAUUCUCAAUACCAUGAAGUACCGUGCCUAGAUGUGUCGUUAUUCUAAAAUAAACCUUAUCUCUAAGAAUUGUAGUUUGUAAUACGAAAUUUUAUACCAUUAAUAAUGAAAUAAAUGCUUUAUUGUAUGUAUUAUUAUAGACUGAAACAUGUGCAUGAAAUUAUACGAGUUAUAAUACUAAAAUGAAA